GCUUAAACCUAAAAAAGAGAUUCAACUCGCUCUUUUCACUUUUCUAUUUUCUAUUCCUUUAAUUAACUUAAAUGACUCCUGAAGAACAAGUUGAACGUCUCAAGCAAUUCCGUGUUGAGCUUGGUGCUAUUGAGCACUCUGUAUCUGACGAUUAUCUUGAACAAUUCUUGAUUGCUCGUAGCUGGAACAUUGCAGGUGCAAAGGAUCAACUGUUAAAAACAUUUGAAUGGCGUAAAUCAAAUGAUGUUGAUCAUCACCCAGUUGCCACACUUGAAAACAAGUUGCCUGUUUUAUAUGCUGUUCGUGGUUAUCAAAGUAUUCCCGACAGUAAUUUAGAAGCACUUCCCGGUGUAUCCGAAUCCGUAUUGAGAAUUAACAAGUAUAUGGGUGGUGCCUGUCUUCAUAAGACAGAUAGAGAAGGAUGUCCUAUUUAUAUUGAAAGAUUGGGUUACCAUAAGGCAAAGGAUAUCGCUAAACAUGCUACAGUGGAAGAAGUGCAAGGUUAUCAUGUAGGUUGUAAUGAAUUUUUACAUCGUGUGGUGAUGAAGGACUGCUCCAAAGCGGCCGGGCGUCAUAUUAAUCGCGAAACUGUGAUUUUUGAUUGUACCAACAUGGGUUGGAGUCAAUUGCAUAUGCCUGCCUUGCACUUUAUCCGUGCAAUUGCAGAUUGUGAUCAAAAAUACUAUCCUGAGACACUUAACAAAUUUUUCUUGGUCAAUGCACCUGGUGCGUUUGUAUAUGUUUGGAAAAUUGUCAAGGCUUGGUUAGAUCCUGGAACCAUUGCCAAGAUUCAAAUUAUUGGGGCUGACUUUAAAGAGCCUUUAUUAAAGCAAAUUGCACCCGAGAAUUUACCUGCUUUCUUGGGAGGUGAAUGUACCUGUGAGCACAUGGAUGGUGGAUGCGUGCCAUCUCAAGUUUUGAAAAACGCUAAACCUUUGGAGCCCCAGGCUCAUAAUGAAAAUGUACCCACUGCAUACAACACAGAAAUUAUGAAGAACGCAAAGACUUCAGACGUGGUUCGCGGACCCACCUUUUACUAGACAUAGACUAUCCCAUCCAUCAUUUCUCUCUCAUGUAUAAAAUUACAAAAUAAACAAUGGAAACAAGCACAAACACAUACAGUUUUUUUUUUAUCAUCCGCG